AUGCGCGCUGAAUAUGUUGAUAAUUUGUUUGGCUUCGCCACCUCCGCCGAGCGGGCCAACGAGCUCCUCGCGCGCGCGACGGAGUCGCUGUCCGGGGUGGACAUCGACUGGGCGCGGGCUCUGGGCCGGGAGAACGAUCGCUGGAGGCUCAACCCGGUCCAGGACGUGCCGACGGCGGUGCUCGACGGGGAGUGGCAGGUCGUCUCGAGCGGGGGCUGGGGCUGGUCCGAGCACAUCGUGGUUUCCGAAGGGCUGACGCGGGUCGCCCGACAAUGGGCGGCGCGGUGUCUGGCCGGCGCGCUUGCGCCGACGCUGCGCUGGCUGCCGUCGGAGCGCAAUCCUGCUAGCGCUCCUUCGAGGCGGCGCGUGCCCAUCGGCGUGCGCCUCCCCUUCGUCUGCGGCGCCGACGGUGCCGAGGGGUGCCGCUGGCCGGCUCGGGGCGGAGCCGAGGUGAGCCACCGCCGUGAUUGUCAGAGCGCUGUCGAGGAGCUCCGCGAGCUGGGCGCCGACGAGCCCGCCGGCGCCGGUCUUGCCGCGAGGCGGCGACGGCCCACGGCCCGCACGCUGCGGGCCGCCCUGCCGACGUCGGCGCGGCCGCCGCCCCAGGCCAGCGCUCGUCGAGUGCACGCCGAGCAGCGGCAGCGGCUGGAGGCCACUCAGGCCGCGCCCCCAGUGGGCCGGGCCCGGCUGCAGCAGAGGUCGGCGCCGCCGCUGACCCUCGCCAAGUGCGAGCUCGUCUGGGGCCGAUUUCUCGAGCGGCGACGUCUGUCAGGCGUGCCCGAGGCGACUCAGCGGCGGGAGCGCCGAGCCCAGGGGGCGCCGUUCGAGGACCUCCUCGGCUCCUGGCACGCGCUCGGGAUGGCCGAGGCGCACCCGCCUGCCCCUGCCGUGGACGGCGGUGGCACGGCUCGGGUGCUGGACGGGUGCUGGGCAACGGCCGCGCUGGUGGUGCUGAGCUUCCACUGCCACUUCGGGCCCAGCGAGGACUUCAAGCUGCUCCUCGACCCCGUGCCUGCCAUCAAGGUUUGUGUCCGCGUGCGGCCGUUCAACUCGAGGGAGAAGGAACUCGGGGCCCAGCUGUGCGUAGAGAUCGGCCAGUGGGAGAAGGACCUCGUCAUCGUCACGAAUCCGAAGGCGCCUGACCAAAGGAAACAGUUCAACUUCGACCGGGCGUACUGGUCGCACAAUCCCAGCGACCCGCACUUCGCGACGCAGCAGACUCUGAUGGACGAGGUCGGCGACGAGUUGGUAGAGGCAACUUUGGAGGGCUACAAUGUGUGCUUCUUUUGCUACGGCCAGACGGGCAGCGGGAAGACAUUCAGCCUGUUGGGCAACAAGGACAACUCUGAUAUUGAUGACCCGAACCUGCGCGGGAUGCUCCCGCGCGUGGUCGAGCGGCUCUUCGAUCGCAUCGCCGAGAUCACCUCGGGCGGCAGCGGCAGCACGAUCACCUGCACGGUGCAGUACUACGAGAUCUACAACGAGGCGAUCAACGACCUCCUGGCCAAGAAGGUCGAGGGCGUGGAGGCCAAGAAGCUCGACGUGAGGUACCACCCGAAGACGGGGGUGAACAUUCCCGGUCUCUCCGACCUCGUCGCCUCAGACCGCGGGGCCGCGAUGGGGGCGCUGGAGCAGGGGAUGAAGACCAGGGCGGUCUCCAGCACUGCGAUGAACGCGGAGUCCAGCCGCUCCCACUGCAUCUUCUCGAUGGACGUGGACCAGCUGAUCAUCAAGGAGGACGGCUCGAAGAAGAACCUCAGGUCCAAGGUGAACUUCGUGGACCUCGCGGGCUCCGAGAGGCAGAAGAAGACGGGAGCGCAGGGCGACCGACUGAAGGAGGGCGUGGCCAUCAACCAGAGCCUGUCGAACCUGGCCGUCGUCAUCAGCAAGCUGGCCGAGCUGCAGGGGAAGGAGGCCAAGAAGGGCGACUUCAUACCCUUCCGCAACUCGAAGCUCACGUUCGCCCUCAUGGAUUCCCUGAGCGGUAGCUUGAAGACGAAAGACCGUCAUGAUGGCCGCACUGUCCCCUUCGGCGGACAACUACGACGAGACACUGCAGUGCAUCUCCUUCGCACAGAAGGUGAAGUCGAUCAAAACGAAGUCGAAGAAGAACGAGACCCUCGAGGACGAGGUGGUCAGGGACCUCAGGACCGAGGCAGCUGGAGGAGCUCCGGGAGGCCGCGAAGAGCUCCACCAUCACCGACGAGCCCGACGACGUGCGCGCGGAGAGGGAGGAUCGGGAGGCAGCUGCAGCUGGUGCAGGACCUCCUGAAGAAGGAAGAGACGCUGAAGGAGCUCAGGAAUUCGGCCCUGCAGGACACGGCGUGA